CAAAAAAUAAUAGCUCUAAUGAGCUGUAUUGGAUAGGCUUAAUAAUAAGUUAGUGAGAAACUCAUUAAAACUGAUGGAGAUGAUUCAGAUACUCCUCUUCCAGAAUCUGAUAAAGAUGAUCUCGCAUAAAUCUUGAAUACUGAAGAAAGUAAGGGUAAACCCAUUAAAACCCUUAGAUUCAGUUAAUAAAAUCAAGUAUGGAUUUUUGAUAGAUCCUAAAAACGACAUUAAUCUUACAAAUCACCUUCUCCACUUGCUAAAUAAUCUUCACCGUCAAUACUUAAAAAUAAAAGCACACAAAAAGUAACUAAAUAAUGA